AUGAAAAGUGGUUCCACGUCUGCGAGUGUUCCGGUAAAACAGGGUAAUGUUCAUGUUAAGCUAGAAUUAGAUGCACUUAAUAUAGCUGUUGGACAACGAUAUGACACGAAAGAUGCAUUGGAGACUAGGCUGAAGAUCUUGUCAGUCCUUCGUCAAUUUGAUUUCAGAGUAGACAGAUCAGCGACAGAUAUAUUAACUAUUAAGUGCUGGAUAGAAGGAUGUACAUGGAGAGUAAGAGCUACCCCAGUUGGUAAUUCUACUCAGUUUACCAUUCGUACAUACGUUUCAGAACAUUCAUGUUCCAUUACAGAACGUUCUGCCAGUGCCCGACAAGCGACUCCAGAAAUUCUUGCAAGACUAUAUGUGGACUAUGUUGGAGGUGUUGAUUCAAAAGUUCUCCCGAAACAUGUUGGAGAAGCCUUAAACAUGAGAUUUGGUGUCAAGAUGGAUUAUUGGAAGUCUCAUCGGACACUGUUACGCGCAAGAAAUAUUGUUAGAGGUUCUGCGGAGAGUGGCUACUCAGAGUUGCCUGUGUAUCUAUAUCAUAUAAGAAAAGCAAAUCCUGGAACUUUCGCACAUUUGGAAGUUGAUGAGGUUAACAGAUUCAAGUAUUUGUUUCUUGCAUUUGGUGCAAGUAUAACUGGAUUUCCCUACAUGAGAAAAGUAAUAGUCGUGGAUGGUACAUACCUUCAGAGAAAAUAUAAAGGAACACUACUAACUGCAACAGCUCAAGAUGGGAAUUUCCAGAUAUUUCCUUUUGCUUUUGCAGUUGUUGAUACCGAAAAUGAUGAUUCUUGGGAAUGGUUCUUUCAACAACUAAGCAAGGUAAUUCCCGAUGACGAAGAACUUGCACUUAUUUCUGAUAGGCAUAAAGCUAUAAGUAAUGCUAUUGGAAAAGUGUAUCCUAAGUCUAGUCGUGGAAUUUGCACGUACCAUCUUUACAAAAAUAUAUUGCUACGGUUCAGAGGUGGUGAUGCAUUUAGAUUGGUUAAAAAAGCUGCAAGUGCUUUUACAUUGGCUGAUUUUAAUACAACAUUUGAAGAGAUCCAAGCGAUGAAUCCAGGAUUACAUAAAUAUUUGGAAACUGCUGAUAUACAAAAGUGGGCUCGUGUGCAUUUCCCUGGGGAUAGAUACAACUUAAUGACGACAAACAUUGCUGAGUCCAUCAACAAAGUCAUCUCAAGCUCGAGAACUCUGCCCAUUGUAAAACUCUUGGAUGCGUUACGGUUAAUGAUGACAAGAUGGUUUACAAGUAGGAGGAUAGCUGCAGGAACAACGAAGACAACCUUGACUCGUGGAGUGGAGAUACUUUUGGAGAAACGUGUAUCAAAUGCAAAGGUGCUUACAGUUCAAUCAAUUGAUUUGCAUCAUUCACAAGUUACAACUGGUUCGUCUCUUCAUAUCGUUAAUUUAGGAGGAAGACAAUGUACUUGUCGUCGGUUUGAUAAGGAGAAGUUACCAUGUGUUCAUGCAAUCGCGGCGGUAGAAGCACGUGAUGUGUUGUUCUUACCGUUCUUCCUUAGUAGGCAAGAGAACAACAACGAUUGA